AUGGGAAAUGACUCGACAGCGCGAACCCAACUAUUCAUAGCAGGCGCCCCAGGAGGCGGCUCGAUAGCACCCCCCGCCCACGACUUCAUCGCUCAUUGUCUCGAACGCGAUUGGAAAAUGACAUUUCUGGCAGCGUCGACCCUCCAGGUGGUCUCGGACGCGUUUCACGCUCCGGAUUUUGCGGGAGGUGUUGUCACAAUGCCCUAUAAGAAGACUAUCAUUCCGUGUCUGGAUCAUGUUGACGAUCUCGUUGAUCAGCUCGGUGCUUGUAACCAUGUUUCUGUUGCCGAUGAUGGGACUUUGAGGGGAACCAACACUGACUGGGUUGGCAUCAAAAAGGUUCUCCUACAAGGAGCACCCACCACUGACCCUGGCCAGGGGCCUAGGGGGAUGGUCGUUGGAGCGGGUGGCGCGAGUCGAGCCGCAAUAUAUGCUCUUAUGGAGCUGGGGUGCAAGGACGUCUACAUAAUCAAUCGGGAUGCUGGCGAGGUUGAAGGGCUGGUCGAAGACGUGCACCAUUACAAAACGCCAAACCGACCAAAUAUCGUCCACGUACAGACCCUACAGCAGGCCCAGACCCUGUUGUGCCCGCACUGGAUUGUGAGCACUGUUCCUGACUUUGAACCAAGAACUCUGGCAGAACUUGAAGCCAGGUCCGUGUAUAUCGAAUUUCUCACAAAGGAGAGACCGCAUCAGGCGCUUAUGCUGGACAUGUGCUACCACCCGCUAAUGACACGCAAUCUGCAGCUUGCAAAGCAGCAUGGCUGGCAGAUCGUUGACGGGGUUCAGGUUGUGGGACACCAAUUAAAAGAGCAGUGGAGACUCUGGACCGGUGAAGAAAUCAACGAACAGCAGGAAGAGGUUGCAUGGAGAAUCUUGCGAGAGAGUGCAAGUUCAGAUUCGACAGUUAUUCACUCAAGUGCGUGA